AUGGUAUUCAAAAUUUUCUCAAGCCUUGAUCAAGUUUGGCUUUCUUCACUUCAAGUCCGAUUAUUCUCUCUUUACAAAGAGUCAUGGUUUAAGCUAAAAGAUCUUGGUGGUCUCAAGUACUUCCUUGGUCUUGAGAUUGCUCAAUCCAAACAGGGUAUUGCACUUUCUCAACGUCAUUACACCUUACAAUUGCUUGAGGACUCUGGUUACUUGGCUUGUAAACCCACUGUUGUUCCCAUGGAUCCAAAACUCAGAUUGACUGCUACUGAAGGUGAAUUGCUUUCUGAUAUUACACACUAUAGACGGCUUGUUGGGAAACUUCUUUACCUCACUUUGUCUCGCCCAGAUAUCACUUUUGCAGUUCACAAGCUCACUCAAUUCUUGGCCCAACCUCACCUUCCUCAUCUCAAGGCGAUGCAUCAUCUACUUCGUUAUCUCAAGAACAGUCCUGGCCAAGGGUUGCUGUUUUCAUCUCAUUCUUCUUUACAGCUUAAAGCAUUCUCUGAUUCUGAUUGGGGAUCAUGUCCUAAUUCUCGUCGCUCCGUUACAAGUUUUUGCAUCUUUAUUGGAGACUCUUUAGUCUCUUGGAAGGCCAAAAAGCAGACCACCGUCUCUCGAUCAUCAACUGAAGCUGAGUAUCGAGCUCUUUCCUCUACUGCCAGUGAGCUCAUCUGGUUGCAGCAACUUCUUCAAGAUUUUCAAGUCACAGUUGCUUCUCCUGCUUUGCUAUAUUAUGACAAUCAAGCUGCGAUACAUAUUGCCUCUAAUCCAACCUUUCAUGAACGCACUAAGCAUAUCGAAAUAGAUUGCCAUUUUGUUCGUGAAAGAGUUGCUUCGGGAGUUCUCAAAUUGCUGCCCAUUCGUUUUCAAUACCAAUUGGCUGACCUGUUUACUAAACCCCUUCCCUCUACUCAGUUUUUUUCUUUGUUGUCCAAGAUGGCUGUAAAAGACAUUUACUAG